AUGAGCAAUCGUCCCGGAAACUAUCGCAGCGUGCCUGCGCAGCAGCAGCCAAGAGACAUGCCCUCUUACAAGCAGGUCUCUUAUACCCCACCAUCCCAACACCAGCACCAGCGUCCUGGUCCACGCGCCAUCCCUUCCGACCAGUCGCACAACAUGUCCGGCUCCUUCUCCAGCGGCGAGAGCAGCGGCGCCACCCAGCGUCUCCUCCCGACCCAACCCUACCAGCCUCGCAACAACGCCGCCCCGCCGCAAGGUGCCAACCCCAACAUGCGCGCAAAGACCGCUGCUACCGCCUCCACCCCAUCCACCGCAGGCUACAAGUACGCCACCGGCGCCCAGGGCCAGCCCGUCUACGAGGGUCCCGAGGACGACGACGACCUGCACGACUGGAAGAAGGAGAGCCACUCGCACGCCAUGUCCUGGCGCGGCAUCGCCAACGUCCUCACGCUCGCAUUCCUCGUCGUCGGCCUCGUCGCCCUCUUUGCAGGCUAUCCCAUCAUCUCGCACUUUGAAAAGCUCUACAACGCCUCCAAGAAGGGCGGCUACAAUCUCGGCGGCACCAACGGCUCCGGCCAGGUGCCCGACCUGCCGCUCUUCAGCCUCAUCGAUGCAGACACCCCCGCCUCGGCGCUCAAGCGCACCUCGGCCGCCGACGGCAAGUCCUACCACCUCGUCUUCUCCGACGAGUUUGAGCAGGAGGGCCGCACCUUCUGGCCCGGCGAUGACCCGUUCUGGGAGGCCGUCGACCUCUACUACGGCGCCACCGGCGACUACGAGUACUACUCGCCCGAGGCCGUCAACACCACCGGCGGCGCACUCACCAUCACCAUGACCCAAAAGACCACGCACAACCUCAACUUCCAGUCCGGCAUGGUGCAGUCCUGGAACAAGUUCUGCUUCCAGGGCGGCUACAUCGAGUUCUCCAUGCGCAUGCCCGGCGGCCCCUCCACCUCGGGAUACUGGCCCGGUCUCUGGCUCAUGGGCAACCUCGCUCGUCCCGGCUACGCUGGAUCCACCGACGGAAUGUGGCCCUACAGCUACGCCAGCUGCGAUGCCGGCAUCCUGCGCAACCAGACCUGGGUCAACGGUACCGGUCCGGACGGGGCGAUCAAUUCGCAGGGUACCUACUCGGUGGGUGGGCGCGUGUCGUUCCUCUCUGGCAUGCGUUCGCCCGCCUGCACGUGUCCCGGCGAGGACCAUCCGGGCCCCAACGUGAAUGUGGCGCGCUCGUCGCCCGAGCUCGACAUUCUCGAGGCGCAGAUCCAGAACCGCGCGGGCGUGUCGCACGGCUACGCCUCGCAGUCGUAUCAGAUCGCACCGUUCGACCUGAGCUACGAGUGGCUCAACACGUCGGCGGCGGUCAAGAUCUACGACGACGACGUCACCGAGGUCAACACGUACAAGGGCAACGUGUAUCAGGAGGCGGUUUCGGCGCUCACCCAGAUCCCCGAUGCCGGCUAUGUGGAUACGUCCAACCAGUACCUUACCUAUGGCGUAGAGUAUCAGCCGGAUUGGAACGAGAAUGGUGGUGGGUCGAUUACGUGGUACAUCAACGGCAAGCCGUCGUGGUCGGUGAAUGGCAAAGCGAUGAUGGCGAAUCCGCCUAUGGAUAUUGGCAUUCGUACGGUGUCGGUGGAGCCGAUGUCGAUCAUCAUGAAUCUGGGCAUGUCGCCUACGUUCCAGCGCGUCAACUUUGGCGCGGGCGGUGUCGAGUUCCCCGCGACCAUGGCGGUCGACUAUGUGCGUGUGUAUCAGCUGGAUGGUCAGAACGAUAGGAUCACGUGCGACCCUGCGGACCACCCGACGGCUCAGUACAUCAACGACCACCUGGAUCUCUACACCAACCCCAACUAUACCGUCUACCCGCACGCCUGGCCCAAGAACAAGCUGACGGGUUGUUAG